AUGGCCCAUUCAGACACGAUGCCGAAUGAUGAAGCCCUCAGUUCAGAAGCACUUGUAGAGUCGCAGGACUUCGAAUGCUCAUCUGUGCCCACCGCUGCGAAAGACAGGCUCGUCUAUGAUGUCUUUUAUGACCAAGUCAAACUUCGGCCCCUUGCACCGGCCGUACACGCUUGGGAUGGAGACCUAACCUACAGCCAGCUAGAUGAGCUCUCCUCACGGCUUGCCGCACACAUCUCGUCAUUCGGAGUGAGACCCGACGACAUCGUGCCGAUCCUCUGUGACAAGGCCGCUGUCACCAUCGUCUGCAUGCUUGCCGUGUUGAAAGCCAAUGGGGCUUUUGUAGCGCUUGAUGUAUCGCAUCCAGAUGAGCGACUACAGGAGAUCAUCCAAGGCACGAAGGCUACUCUAUUGUUGACCUCGCCGAACCAACACGAUCGCCUGUCUCACGCCACUGGACUCAGAAGGGUCGAUGUCUCAAUGCGCAGCGUGGCCGACUUGAGCAGCAGUGCCAGUCCACUGAAUCACGAGGCCAUCGUGUCGCCUAACAAUCUGAUGUAUGCCGUCUUCACAUCGGGGAGCACUGGUCGACCCAAAGGCGUCAUGAUUGAGCACCAAGCGUUCGUGACGAGUGCUCUUGCCCACGGCUCCGACCAAAACCUCAGCCCAGAGUCGCGUGUCCUGCAGUUCGCCUCAUACGCAUUCGACCCAUCUCUCAUGGACAUAUUUACGACCUUGAUCUUUGGCGGAUGUGUGUGCGUUCCAACGGAAGAGGAGCGACUCGGCGACAUUGCCGAUUUUGUCAACCGGGCUGAGGUCAAUACACUCAUGGUUACUCCAUCAUACGCCAAGUUGCUCGAUCCAGCUAGCAUGCCCGGGUUGAAGCAACUUGGCGUUGGGGGAGAGAGCGUGCCGUCUGACUUGAUGAAGAAGUGGCUUCCUCAUGUCGAUGUGUACAUCUCGUACGGGCCGGCAGAGGCUUCCAUCCAAGCAGCUGGGCUGCGAGUCGAGAGAGGGAGUAUCGCGCCUCCCAGUGGAACUAUUGGCUACCCAACUGGCUGUGUCAUCGAUGUCGUAGAGGAAUCUCAGUACGACCAGACAGCAGAAGAGGGAGAAUUCGGCGAGUUACUCAUCGAAGGUCCCACCCUCGCUCGCGGCUAUCUCGACGACAGAGCAAAGACAGAGGCAUCGUUCUUUACGCGCACCAUCGGAGGAGUAGAUCGGCGGACAUAUAAAACGGGUGAUCUGGUCCGGCGCCACAUCAACGGCACAAUCCAAUUUGUUGGCCGGAAAGACACACAAGUCAAGGUUCACGGGAUGCGGGUCGAACUCUCGGAAAUCGAAACACGACUCUCAAAUGUGCCUUGCCUGUCCUCGGACUUGAAGGUCGCAGUCGAGAAAGUCGAACACUCCGCGUUGGCGAGUCAAUCAGCCCUUGUCGCAUUCAUCAGUGGUUCGACAAAGGCAGGCAUGCAGACCACACCAGAAGUUGACUGGGACCAGACUGAGGAGCUGCAAUCCAGGGUGCCAGGAAUUCAAAAGGAGCUUGAGAAAUUCCUACCAGUACCUCUUGUUCCCUCCAUAUAUGUCCCACUUUCCUUUCUUCCCUUCACCUCGUCGCAUAAAACCGAUCGCACGUCGCUACGGCGACUCGUUUCACAGAUUCUUCCAGAUGAGCUGCAAAGGCUACAAGGAGCAAGAGACCUGAAUCACAGCACAAGACCUUGCACACAGGAUGAGUCUGCGUUGCGCGAGCUUUGGGCACUUGCCCUAGAACGUCCAGCGGAAAACAUUGGCCCUGAUAGCCACUUCAUCCAUCUUGGAGGAGACUCGGUGACGAGCAUCAAGCUGGUUACAAUCGCAAGAAGCCGCGGCGUGCAUCUAACAUCGACUUUGAUUCUUUCAAGCCCAAUUCUGAGCGAUAUGGCCGAAAAUGCGUUUAGUACGGGACUGCAGAGUGGAUUACAUCCCAUCCAGCCGUUCUCUCUGCUCCCCCAGUCACAGGAAGAGCUAUGCACCAUAGCGGCUGGUAUUUGCAGGGUCCCAGCCGAAGAAGUCGAAGAUGUUGUGCCCAUGGCUAUCAACCAGAUGCGAUGGUACGCUCAGACGUUGACGAGGCCAGAAGCAUGGUUGGAUCAACACUACUUCCGCCUCCCUGCAGACACAGACCUUGUCCAGUUCCAGACGGCCCUUAAUGCGACUACAAAGACAGCAGAGCUGUUACGAUCUCGAGUUAUCAUUGACUCGAACAAGCGAAUGCUGUUCGCUGUAAUAAAGCCCCAACCAGUCGAGCUUGAGAUCGUCUCUGGUAGCUUGGAGACUUAUCUGGCGCAGGACAUACAGAACCCCAUGGGGCUUGGUAUGCCCCUGAGUCGCUAUGUGAUCACCAAAGACGCCAAAACGGGCGAGCAGGCAUUUGUCUGGACAAUCCAUCACGCCAUCUACGAUGGGUACUCCAUUUCGAUGCUCCUUCAGAUGAUCGACCAACUCUACCGAGGCUCUGCGCCGACGCCUUUGACCCCGUUUAAACACUAUAUGAAGGAGCAAAGUCAAGAAUAUCUCAUGAGUGGAGAUACAUUCUGGAAAGAUUAUUUGGCCUCGGCGUCGUGGGUCGAGUUUCCGACAAUCCCACCUCCGGAGAAUAAGCAACCUCCAUCUAGUGAGAGGUUUACCAGAACAAUGGGCAUCACUGCACCUCCCGGAAUCACCGUUGCAAACAUGAUUCGUGUGGCGUAUGCCAUAGCCCUCUCGAAGCACUGUGCUGACCCCACAGACGUCCUGUUUCUCGAGAGCACAGGCGGCCGAAACUCGUCCUUGCCAGGCAUUGGCCGUGUCGCAGGCCCAACCCUCGUGACCGUCCCUACGCGAAUAUUACUACCACCUGCUCGCACAGAUGUCGAAGUGUUGGCCGUCACGCAAACCUCUCUUGCCAAGCGGAUGAUGUUCGAAGACUUUCCGAUCCAGCGUCUUUUACCUCUUUGCCCACCUCUAGAACUUCGAUCCAUCUUAACCAUCGAUGACGAGGCGUUUCUGUCCACGGGGAUCAAGGACGGUCUUUUCAGAGACGGAAAUACAGCACUGAGGGUGGAUGAGAGCAGGGACGUGCCAUUGAUGUUUAGGUGUACAUUGCGUGGCACAGAACUAGAUGUUCAUGUCAGAUUCGAUGGCAAUAUAGUCAGAAGCGACGAGAUCGAGGAGUUUGUGGGAACAUUUGAAGAUUCCUUGGGAAGCCUGAGAUGUGUGAGAUAG